AGGCUUUUUCCCCCCUUUAGUCUAUGGAGCUGUGCUUCCGCUUAGUGAAACCACGCAUGUGUUGAUCCGUGCUGCAGCAACGUGCAUCUCUGACCCCAGUGUUAAUCUGCAUUCAGUCUGAGGCUCAGUGCUUCUCUCAGAUGCUCGGUAUUAAGAGUAGCUUAUUACGGGGUCUUCGCCGUCUGUGGUAGUUUUUUAGGGCCCUGCUAGGUUGUCGACUCGGUAACAGGCACGCAAAAAAAAAAGAAACAACGAGCGACACGAAAUCAAGCUUUCGGCUCGCAUCGAUUUUGUUUUGGCUGAUUUCACUCCACCGCACGUCCGCCUCGGGUCUAGAUUUGCAGACCCGCUACUGCUAACGUGCGUAAUGUAUCGUAGAGAGGAAACACAGUAAAUAGACGGACACGUCCAUCUGCAAUAAAGAGGAAACGAAGAUGGUGAUGAUGGCUCCACCAAAUUUAGCCUCCAAAUGCUCGGCAGCAAUGGCGAAGCCUUUCCUUCCCCUGAAGCUGUUUCUCUGGGUGUUUAUUGCCGUUAAUCUCCCUACAAGCUCCUUCCAGACUGAUGACGAUGAUGAGGUGUCUAACAAGACGUGGGUGCUGACUCCCAAAGUGUACGAGAGUGACGUCACACACAUCCUAAACAGCCUACUAGAUGGAUACGACAACAAACUCAGACCUGACAUCGGAGUCAAACCGACAGUGAUCCACACAGACAUGUUUGUCAACAGCAUCGGACCAGUAAAUGCCAUCAAUAUGGAAUACACCAUCGACAUCUUUUUUGCCCAGACCUGGUACGACAGAAGGUUAAAAUUCAACAGCACGAUGAAGGUUCUGCGUCUUAACAGCAACAUGGUUGGGAAGAUCUGGAUCCCAGACACGUUUUUCCGCAACUCGAAGAAAGCUGACGCCCACUGGAUCACCACACCCAAUCGCAUGCUUAGGAUCUGGAAUGAUGGGAGAAUACUCUACACCCUCAGGUUGACCAUCGACGCCGAGUGCCAGCUUAAACUGAACAACUUCCCAAUGGAUGAGCACUCAUGUCCCCUGGAGUUUUCAAGCUAUGGCUACCCCAGGGAGGAGAUUGUGUACAAGUGGAAAAGGAGCUCAGUGGAGGUUGGGGACAUUCGCUCUUGGAGGCUUUACCAGUUCUCCUUUGUGGGUCUGAGGAACACCUCUGAGAUUGUCAGGACUGUCUCAGGAGACUACGUGGUGCUGACCGUGUUCUUUGACCUGAGCAGGAGAAUGGGUUACUUCACCAUCCAGACCUACAUCCCCUGCACUCUGAUUGUUGUCCUCUCCUGGGUCUCAUUCUGGAUCAACAAGGAUGCAGUUCCUGCCAGGACAUCAUUAGGCAUCACCACUGUGCUGACUAUGACCACGCUGAGUACCAUUGCCAGGAAAUCUCUUCCAAAAGUCUCCUAUGUGACUGCCAUGGACCUGUUUGUGUCCGUCUGCUUCAUCUUCGUCUUUGCCGCACUAAUAGAGUAUGGCACACUGCACUACUUUGUCAGCAACAGGAAGCCAAGUGCCAAAAAGGACAAGAAGAAGAAAAACCCGCAGACACCCACGGUAGACAUCCGCCCACGCUCGGCCACAGCCAUUCAGAUGAACAACGCCACGCACAUGCAGGAGCGAGACGAGGAGUACGGCUACGAGUGUCUGGACGGGAAGGACUGCACCAGCUUCUUCUGCUGUUUCGAAGACUGCCGCUCCGGAGCCUGGCGGCACGGCAGGUUGCACAUCCGCAUCGCCAAGAUAGACUCGUAUGCACGCAUCUUCUUCCCCACUGCAUUUGGUCUCUUCAACCUGGUCUACUGGGUGUCAUAUCUCUAUCUCUAGGCCCGGGUAUGUAUCCAGCCUUAUCAUACAGCUCAUUACAUUCUACAUAUGCUCUGCGCCAGCAAGGGACAUUUUAAAAGAGGGGACCCACUGAAAUACCCAAUGAUUCGAUUUAAAGCUUUUCCUUUCAUUUCUUUGUUUUGAUCUGUUUGGAUUUUAGUCAAUUUAUUUAACUUUGACAGACAUUGCAAAUGUUGUAGCAUUACAUUUAACUGGCAUGAAGAGGUGUAUAAAUGUGUUGUGAAAACAUUAAUUGUGUGAGCAAUUAACAAGAAUCUAAGUUCUGUUUUUUUUUUAGUUUGUUUGUUUUAAUUUGUAAUUUCCUGUUAAUUUCUGCUGAAUGGAACCUUUACCAAUGCUUUAUAUUUAGACAAAUACUGUACUUUCCUUCUACAGUUAACAAUUUAAGCAAUUCAGAUCAAAUCAAAUGCCUAUCAGAAAAGUCUGAAUGACAUAAUUUAUGUCUUAUCAUUUAUUUCCACUUCUUUUUUUCACUUAACAUACUAAAACACUAAAUCUGAAGCACUUUAAUAGAGCAAUGUUAGAAAGUGAUAUUGAAAUUCAUUGUAAUAAUGCUAAUUUAUUUUUAAUUUAUUUAGCUAAUGUGUUAGCACAAUUAAACAUCACAUUUUUCAUGUGUGGUCAGAGAGAGAGGUGAUGCUGUUUAUGGACAAUGCUCAACUGUACAGACACUGUAUAUAUUUUACUAUUACAUAGUGGUUUACAUUUAUUGCAUGCACCUUUCAGGCCAAAAAUCAACAUGUUUUAUGGUCUUCUAUUGUUGGCUAUGGAAACAAAAAAAAAAUGAGCACUGUUGAUUAUCAUUCAGGAUUUAAUUAUACUUUUUUAUAGGAAAAUUGGAAAAUUAAAUGAUAAAAAUGUGCCCAGUUUAUCCUUUAAAGUUGAGGAAUCAUCUUUGCAUACAAGUGGGUGGAUCAGCUCAGAGUUUCAGGUCAGACAACUGUUUUAAUAAUUUCCCUCGCAGCCAUUAGCUUACAGUAUAGACAACACUGACCUCUCAUCCUCUGCUCCAUUUACUGUUAAAAGUGUGCAUUUACAUAAUGACACACUGCUUAUAUUUUGGUUAUGGAAGCUUUUACAGGAAACACUGUACUAAAACACGUUAGGUUUUCUUAUAAAAAAUAAUCAUUUGGUUGCCCUUUAAUCUAUACAUCAGCAUAGUGAUAACAGCAACUUCGUAACCAGAGGUUCAGUUUUACCAUCAAAAAGAAAAGUUCAAAGUAAUCUACACUUUAAUGCAAAUGUGAAUACAGACAGCUAAAGGGAGUUUUGAAAUCUCUGCAGUAGAACAAGGUUUGUUCUACCGUAUGUGUCAUUCUUCUCAGAUGAAAACCGAAACAAAAAAAAAAGAGCUCCAUCCAAGUGAAAAGAAAACAUCUGCUUUUGUCAAGAACAGAUGUGUAAGCCUUAUUAUCAAGCAUCUCACUCCCUUGCUCUUUGAGAAGAAACACGUCGAGAAUGUAAACAUUGUGGAAACUGAUUCACUGGACUGAGCAGAAAUUCAUUAUUUUCAUUUUUUUUUCUCUCUUUGCUUUCAUUUGCUUUUAAUGCCGUAAUAUUGUGUGAAGAGAACAAAGAACACAGCGAAAGCAUCUGAAUUGUAAAUGUUAUGUAUGAUAACAUGUAACGCACAUGAAAUACAACCCCUAACAGAUCAAUUUUGAUAGAUGCCAGUAAGCAACAAACGGAGACGUCAGUAUGAUUUGUAAUCUGUCACGGAAAGGAUGUAAAUCACAUUGUUUAUGUACAUAAAUUAUAAAAGGAGGAAAACACUUGUCAAGCCCUUGGGAUUUUGUAAAAGGGUAUAUAUUUUGUAAUUUCAGCAUUGUUACAGUAUAUCAACAUAGAGUAUAUUAGACUUCUUGUAUUAUGCUGGACUGACCAUGUAGACUACUUCUGGGGAAGGGGUAUUUAUUUAUUUAUUUAUUCAUUGAUGGUAUUUAUUUAUUUAUUUUAUUGAAAGAAACUGUAUUUUAUGUUCAUACAGCCCCUGAAAAGAAAAACAGAAUGCUGUCAUUUAUAUCAAAGAUACAUUUUUGGUCGAUGUGUCAAUGGAGCUUGAGCUUAUUUAUCUUGUGUUUUCUAUGUUGUGAUCGAUGUACACUACUCUCACAAAGGCCUGUCAAACUGUUUUAUCUGUUAAAUUAGUGAGUUGCAACAUUAUCUGUUGUGCAGCUUCUGAGUAGUAGACAAAUAUUUUCAGGGGCGGAAAAAAAAAACAACAAAAAAAAAAAACACAAAAAAGCGUUCCCGAGCCACCAGAAGAAGAACAUUUGCUUGUCUAAGUGACUAUUAAUUAUUUCCACUUUUUUCCACCACCACAAUGAUUUUCAUUGGUCUUGAUAUUUGCCAUGAUUAAUAAAGCAUCAGUUAUGAUACUAACAUAUGCAUUUACCACAUUAUCUCAUAUUUCCUGGAGUUCUUUCCCUUCUGUAUUUUAAUGGUGGUCCUGUUGUGUUCCGAAGCUGCCACUUAGUAGUCUAAACCUGUCUUCAGUGUGCACAUAACCCUCUCACAUCUUCAAGGACGUAUGUGUGUCAAUAGCAACGUAGACUGGUCAUCAUCAGUGUUUCGUAGUUUUAAAGAAGUGUAAACAGAGUGAUUACAUCUUAUAAAGUGCCAAACUUGACACACAUGCAAUAGAGAAUAUCAAACUAUAAUAUCAUUUGUGAAUCCAUUUAUGCUGCUUUGUGGAAGAAAACUUAAAGUGUGUGUGAGUGUUUUCUUGAAGAAAAUUCUAUACAGCCAAUGUUUUCCACACUGAUCUUCCCCCAGACAUGGAUAUGCAGGUGCUCUGGAGACGUGUUUUUUAGUUGUUAUUGGGGUUUUUUUGUUUGUUUGUUGUUGGGUUUUUUUUUCAAAUUCAAAUUUCAAACGAUACAGAACCAAAAGCAUGAGGACAAUUAUGUUUGACCAAGCAUAGCAAGCAAUGUAAUUUGUGCUUGUGUGUGUCUUCAUAUGUAGACAAGACUGCUAAAAACUAAUUAUUGUAUCAGGGUGAACUGGAAGACAGUUCUGAUUCACACAAACCCAUCAUCCUGAUAAACCAGCAUGUCUUGUGUUUGAACAGUGGUGCAGAAAAACUUUUUUCAUGAGGUUAAAGACUGUAUAUUAUUUGUUUUUACAUUUGUUGCGCACUCCACUGUAAAUGCAGAGAUAUAAAGGUGUGGGGGAGGUACUGAAGCGUGUUUAUAUUCAGUAGCGUGCAUGGUGAAUGUUUUGAAGAAUUGGGACUAAUUUGAACAUUGUUUCAUCUGGCCUCAGUCCUUUGCUUGCAUUUACAUGGGCUUUUAGUUCAUUGUACUUAUUUUUGACAAAGUGAUUUUAUUUAUUUUGGGACCCACAAAUGAGACAUAUGUGAACAGCACAUGUAGAUAUUUUCUAUUGUUAUGUAUUUUGUCAACCUGCAGAAGAGAAAAUAACACGCACUGGAAUUGCAGAGCUCCGUAAAGGGUAUCAAAGAACAAAAUAAAUUUCAUAUGAUUCUCAUACAUACAGUAUGUUAGUUGUUUGCCAUCUAUGUAUAUUUCUUGAGUAUUGUAUAAAAGGGGCACUGAUCAAUUCUGUUAAGGUCUGCAUAAUAUACUAUACAUGUACUGGAAAAAUCCUUUUCAUAAGGGAAUUGCACAUAGCUGUUGAAUUUUACAAUAAAAUGGUUGCAUUUAUCAGUGUGUAUACUGUAGGUUCAUUAUUAUUAUUUAUUGUUGGUACUUGCA